AUGGGCCGCAAGAGAAAGAAUCCAGUACGGAGAUACUUUACCUACAACGCCGCUGCCGACGUGUCACGAUGCAACGUUGCAACAUGCAAUGUAGACAUGAAAGGUCAACACGCUGCCAAUCUUCAACGCCACUUAGAGCGACACCAUCAUGAGAUCUAUAAAGAGAUCUGUACACAGUCAGCAGCACUGGACGCCGGAGCAGGAGGGUCACAGGAACUGAAGCGCCCCCGAGUAUCCAUGCAGCAAAAGCUUACAUCUAUGGUACCUUCUAGCGUAGCCGAAGUUGACAUAACUCAAGAGGAGAUCUUGAGAGCUUGUGUGGAGCUUUGUACAGUUAACGGAAGACCAUUUGCCUUAAUGGAAGAUUCAGGAUUCCGCAGACUCCUCGAUCCUCUGCUGCACGGCACUCGCUCAAAAAUGACCAUAAACGCCGAAAACAUCCGGACGGAAGUCGCUAAGCGUGCAGAUGACAUGCGUGAAGAAAUCAGGCGGGAGGUUAAGGGCAUGAUGGUGCCGCUAAAAGCAGAUUGCGUUACUCGUAUGGACAGAUCUAUACUAGUCUUGGCCACGUAUGACAUCGAGCUGGCGCAGCUAUACAGCAUCACGACUGACAACGGUGCGAACCUGGUGAAGUCUGUGAAGAUGUUGACAGAAGAGACAGAGGCGCAAUCUGAUAGCGACGAUGAAAGUAAUACCCAACCGGAACAUGAAGACGUCAACGAUAGUUCAUUUAACAUUGAUUCCACUGAAUCCUGGCCUGUGGUCCUCAAAGGAGUGCGGUGUGCUGCGCACACCCUGCAGCUCGCAGUAGACGACGCCAUGAAAAAAGCAUCGGUUAAGGGAACUAUUGCGAGGGCCCGUGAAGUCUGCAAGAAGCUGCGAUGUCCUACAGUCAUGAUGAUGAUUAAAAAGCUACGUCUAAGAAAACCCAUACUGGACUGCCCAACACGCUGGCUUUCUACAUAUGACAUGCUACAAAGACUGAUGGAUCUUCGCAGCUUUUGUGUGGACAUGGCUUCCACGAACCGCGAGGUCUUUCUGACCACAGAUGAGUGGGGAAGAAUAGACGGAAUUAUCAAGGGUCUUCAUCCAGCUAAGAAAACGACACUCACACUACAGUCGGAACAGCUAACGUUUGGGGACUUCUACGGUGCGUGGAUGAGGUGCAUCAUAGAAACAAGCAAAUUGAACUCUCCAUUUUCCCGUUGCCUCUCAGAGGCAUUCAAAGCACGAGAAGUCCUAUUACUCGAGAAUGAUGCUUUCAGAGCCGGCAUUUUUCUUGACCCGAGAUACAACGUACUGCUUUCCGAUGAUGACAAACGAAAAGCUCGUGCGCAUUUGAGCAGCACGUGGGCAAGCAUCAGCCUUCUCAGUCGGAGGAUGGACAGUUUGGAGUACCAGGAAAGUGCCGAAUCCUCUCGAGACAGCGACGAUGAUCUCGACGUUCUACUGAAAGAACGCGAAAAAACAAGAGUUUUCGAAGAGUCAAACAAAAAGAGAGCGACAAAAUCAAUAUCAGCAAUGUUGGACGAGUUCGAAAAACAGAAAAGACUAAAGAAAGACGCAGAUAUCCUCAACUACUGGGAAGAACAACGAAUCCAACACCACGAACUUUACCAACUUGCAAAAGUUGUUUUGGCGUGUCCGGCAACACAACUUCAUGAGCUGCAAGAUGCUGAAGGUCUGCGUGCUGCUAACAAGCUGAAGAAAGCUCACAUUGACUAUCAGCGACAGAUAAUGAAAGUGAGGUUAGCGACACAGACUUUCAGUUCAGCAGUCAGCAAAGCAUUGAAGUUCGCCCAACAGCUCGGCUUAAAAGAUUUCCAAGACUGCGAUGGAACUGCCAAGUUCAUUGCCGAUGUGGACAGAGCCUUUGACCUCCUCAACUCACAUAGUCCACGAGCCCAAAAUUUCAAGGCUCCCCUCCGCAAAGUGUCCUUCUCCUCUCUAAAGGCAACCAUGCUUGCAAUGUCUAGAAAGCUCAUUGAUUGA